AUGUCUACCCACCCAUCUGAAUCCAUCCCUCAAGAAGAAGAAGAGAAUCAUACUGUACUUCUGCCGGAGGACUAUGUACAAAAAUUCGACCCGGAUGCAUAUCUGCAAUUCUAUUUCAGCCAAGAUGCCAUCGAAGACGGAACCCGUGUUUCCCUGUUCGCUCUCCCUGUCUUCGCCCAAUUAAUGCUCCAAACCAUGCGUCCAAACGAACGUGAAACCCUACUCGACAUCGGCGCAGGACCUACCGUAUACUCUGCUCUCUGCUUCCGUGACGUGGCAAAACGUGUCCAUUUGGCUGAUUACGUGGAUCGUAACCUGGAUGUUCUCCGAAAAUGGGUCCGUCGUGAGGAGACAAUCGAUUGGGUUCCAACUAUCAAAGUGAUUAAAAGAACCGAAGGAGGACCUGUUCCGACUGAAAAUGUUUGUCAAGAAGUUGAAGAAAAGGCACGUGGAUUGGUCAAAUCGGGAGGAAUUCAUUUCGCCGAUGUCCAUCAGAAUGUGGUUGUUCCCGAGUUGGCUGGAAAGCAGGCGGAUGUUCUUGUCUCGAUUUUCACGUUGGAAAGUGCAUGCCGAAAUUAUGAGGAGUACUGUAAAUGUGUGGAGAAUAUGAUGAGACAUCUGCGUUCUGGUGGUCGUUUCGUUCUUGGUUCGGUGCUCGAGGACGAUGAAUAUAAUUCUGGAAGACAGACCAUCUUCCAUCUCCUCAACCUCCGUGAACAAAUGAUUCUCGAUGCUCUCGUCGCCGUUGGACUCGACGUUGCAAACGCCAAGAAAUACGUUUUGGAUGGAGAAGGAGUCAUGUUCAUUAUGGCAACUAAACUCUAA